CCUCACCAAUCCAUGUGUUGUAUUGUUGUUUUCGGGAGUGGGGGAAGUUUCUAUUACCAGGGAUGGUUUAAUAACAAUGUCCGAAGUACUGAUGAAAGAAAUGGAGGAAGUAUCGCUUUGUCACAUAAAAACAGAAGAUCACCCGGAAAAUGGUCGGAGUUUUCUUUUGGUUGAUGAACAAGAAAAUCUGCAGGUCCAUGAUGAGGCUCAGUUCCUGGAGAGGCUGGGCUGCGGGGACAUGCUGGGCGUCAAGGUCCUCUCCAUCUUCGGCAACACGGGCGACGGCAAGUCCCACACCCUCAACCACAUCCUGUUUGGCGGGGAUACCGUAUUCUACACCUCCAAGUCCCCCAGCUCCUGCACAGUGGGCGUGUGGGCCGCCUUUGACCUCGGGCUGGGCCUGGUGGCUCUGGACACAGAGGGCCUGCUGGGGGCGGCGGCCAACCAGAACCAGCGCAUGCGUCUGCUGCUGAAGGUGCUGGCCGUAUCGGACGUGGUGGUGUACCGCACGCGGGCCGAGAGGCUGCACAACGACAUGUUCCAGUUCCUAAGCAGCGCCUCAGGGGCCUACCUGAAGCACUUCACCCCCGAGCUGCGCGCCCUCUCCAGCCGCUGUGGCAUGGAUGUUCCCCUCUCCUCCCUGGGGCCGGCGGUCAUCGUGUUCCAGGAGACCACCCACACCCAGCUACUGGGCCAUAAGCGAAUAGAUGUCCCUGGCUAUGCAGACACUCAGCUCCAGAGGCGCUUCCAUGACCUGGGCCUGGGUACAGAGGCCUUCAGCUCAGUGCAGUACGUGGGCACCCAGACCAUCACUCCACCGACCAACUACUCUCUGCUCCUGGAGGCUGUACGCCAGCAAGUCAGGAACACUGCCACACGAUCGCCCCGCCAACCGGCCAUCGUCUUCAGCGCUCUGCAGGCCCUGAGUGACAGGUUCUGUGGGGAGAUCUUAGACAACAAAAUCCCCCUCUACUCCUUCUUCCCUGACGAAUACUUCACCUGCUCUUCAGUCUGCCUCAGCUGCAAUAUCCGCUGUAAGAACGGGAUGAACCAUCUCAGAGACAGAGUCCCUCACCUGGCAGACGGACUGUGUCAGUAUGCUCACCAGUACAACAACAAGGUCCUCAUCUGCAAGCGGUGCUAUGAGGGUGGCAGGGAGGUUAUUGUCAUUCCUAAAACCUCAGCCUCCACAGACAACCCCUGGUUUGGGUUGGCAAAGUACGCCUGGUCUGGGUAUGUCCUGGAGUGUGGCAGCUGUGGCAUCAUCUACCGCAGCCGUCAGUACUGGCUGGGCAACCAGGACCCAGAGAGCGGCGUGGUGCGGCCCGAUGUCAAACACGUCUGGGAGGGGUCUGAGGCCUUCCUGACAGACCACCAGAAUGCGGCGCAGAGGGUGCUGGAUGGGAUGAACGUUGUGAUCCAGUCUGUGUCGGAGUACAGCACGGGCCCCACCAAGGCUGUCACGUCCUGGCUCACUGACCAGGUGGCCCCGCUCUAUUGGAGACCCAACACGGACAUCACCGUGUGUCACUGCUGUAAGAAGCCCUUUGAGGAGGCAGAGAGGAAGCACCACUGUCGUUGGUGUGGCGAGGGCUUCUGCCAGGCCUGCUCCACCCACAGCAUGCCCGUACCCGAGAGGGGCUGGGGAAGCACCCCCGUCCGGGUCUGUGAUACCUGCCACCGCCAGAGAGGGACCAACACCACCAACCAGGUGUCUGUGGUGGAGCCGCGGGGGCUGAUGGCCCGCAGGUUGACAGAGGUGGCCCAGUCUACUCUAGACAUGGUCACCACUGCAGUGGACUAUCCUCUGUGCUUUGUGAAGGGAGUGGCCCGGCCUGACUACUGGAUCCCCGACCAGCAGAUCGUGCAGUGCCAUAAGUGCAGAAAAGCCUUCACCCCCAGUAUGUCCAAGCACCACUGCCGGGCAUGUGGCCAGGGUGUCUGCAGCGGUUGCUCCUCAAAGAGCCGCCCAGUGCCCUCCCGUGGCUGGGACCACCCUGUCCGCGUCUGUGACGACUGUGCCAGCCACAAGGGCAGCCUGUGAGGUCAGGGCAGAGACCAAGGAUACUGUGCUACUAGGUAUCUGAAAUCUAGUGAGAUGCCACGGCUUAUCUCUGUCUCUCUAUGCACCAUGAGCCACUGACCUUUUUUAAAGAGAAAAAUACCCAAUCCAGGUGACCCCUGCCCUAUAGGGAAGGCACUCGAGUGUGAUGUGCUGAAGAAGCACUCUAACCAUGGGACUGCCUCAUCUGAUAUCGACUGCCUAAAAACCAAGAACUAAACUAGCGGGAUCAAGAACUGGACUUCUGACAACUGGAAAGCUGCGACAGUUGUAAAUGACUGAGUAAACCUCCUCCAAACAACCCACUGUUUGCACUGAAAGACAUGAGCCCGACAACUUUUCUGUUUGCACACAGAUCUCUACUUGCAGCCGGGAAGAAUCUUAAUGUUAUUCUUACCUGUUGGGAGUGGCUGAACAUUGAUGAGUUGGGUUAGGUUUUAAUUCGGCUGUGGGCUUGUAGUGGCCAGCCAAGCCUUUGCCUCAGACCCCACCAAGGAGUAUAACAGCCCUGUAAACCUGACAGAGGAGACACAUGGAGUGACAUCACAACAUGCUCUUCCUCCCUGAAUGCGAUCUCGGACCGUGUGCCAUGGUUUUGAGUUGAUGCACAAGGCAGGAAAAUGAAUAAAUAUGUGACAUGCAGACAUUCCAGUUGACAUUAGGGCCUUUAACAUUGUCCUUUCCAGCAUGGUUCCAGCAACUAGGGUGGAUUAUUAACCAGGACAGUACUGCUGGGCUUGGCUCACUAGUGUGAAAGGGGUAUAGUGUCUUAACAGGUGGGCACUUUUGUGAUCCAUUGAUGUUUUGAAACAAGCACAUUAUUUUUAAUGAAUACUGAGGGUUUAGUUAGUGAAAAGGCACAAGAGGCAGUGCUGUAUCAUGAAUAAGGUCAAAGGUAAAUGGCGUUGUUCGGCCCGACGCUAGAACAGAGUCGCCUUAUUUGCCUGUGACUAUUCAUGAUACAGCACUGCCAUGCGCGCCUUAUUGUUUUUAGAAAACUGUUACCAACAUAUUAAAAUAACAAUGAAUUACAUAUUUUCAUUGACUUUAUUUGAUAAGUAAAUUCAUAAAAUGACCUUAUUCUACCAGGAGAUAUAGUGCGGACAAAAAUCUGGUUCUUUUGGUCAUGUUGCUACAGAUGCGACCUAGUCGUUAAAGAUUCUUGCAUAGUUGCUAUGCAACAGGAUGGUCAUCAGUUCUACUAAACAAAAUGGUUGUUAUGCAAGCAGGAUAACUUUCGUGUCACUAGCUAGCCAACUUCAGCUCAGUCAAGUCAAACAUUGAACCUGGAAUGACCGUACACUAGCUACAUUUUCGUUUGAGCUGUUUUCUAUUGGCAUAUGUGUGAUUUCGCCUAGCUCAGAAAAGGUUGUCUCGUCUGGUCACAGAGAAAUUGAAGAGUUAAACAUUGUUUCCGAGGUUGGACAGCCAGACAGCGAGGUAUAUUAACCCCGCUAUACCAAAAUAUAUGCUUGUCUGGAAGCAAGGGGAAAUAAUGUGCAAGUUGAGAUAAAGACGAGAUGAUUCGGACAGGAACAUGGCAUGAUGGAACUGUUACCAGGCAUCCAGGAUCCAAACAACCAGUUUAAUUAUUAUAAUUAUUAGCUAGUGUAAUUGUUGGAAGAAAUCUCAAAUUGAAUCGCUUGCUUAUGUAAAGCACAGAUGAUUUGCAUUUGCAGUAAUAUCGUCUAUCCAGUAUCCAUUGAUGUGACUGUUGAUGUUAGCUAUUGAUGUGACUGUUGAUGUUAGCUAUUGAUGUUAGCUAUUGAUGUGACUGUUGAUGUUAGCUAUUGAUGUUAGCCGAAUUAAAAAGGCAAUUUCAUGUCUCCAUCAGAUUUUAUUCUCUUUAUCGAGCACUGGAUCCUAUAAUACUUGCCUUCUGUAUAGUCAUAACCAAUUGUUGUUUUAUUUUAUGCAAUGCGUAUAUACUAUGAGAUUCUGGGUAUAUGACAAUCUUGAUUUUUUUUUUUAAAUCAGUCUUUUGUGAAUUUUAAUUACCUGAUGCCAUCCCACUGGCACUGGUUGAAUCAACGUCAUUUGUCAACCUAUUGUGACGUGGAAUGUAUGUGGAAAACACAUUUAGAUUUCCAAAAAGUCAUCAACCAGUACUGUUCAUCUCAUUACAACCAGCAUAGUAAACAUUGAAAUUAGGGUUAAACUUAAAUACAAUUACUUAACCUGACUAAUAGGUUGUUACAUCAAUUGAAUUACAACAUAAUCAUCAGAAAUAUGUUUAUGUUGAAAGUGCGUUGAAAAUUCCACAUCCUGUAUUCAAUAUACAGUAAAUUUUUUGUGGUUGAAAUUAAGUAGAAUUUCAUAUUUGAUUAGAUGUUUUAUUUUAUCUUGUUGAUAUUAAAAUGGUAUAUUUGAAUCAAUGUCAUUAUGUCAAUGUCAUCCCAUCAACUUAAAUAAAGAGGUAUGUUGAAAUACAA